CAAAACUAUCCAGACCUCUUCCUAUUUUCCCCAAAACUCCACUCUGAUCAAACCCUCACACCCCAAUCCAAUCCUCACCGUCCGCCAAUGGAUCCGGUUCUUCCACUCGCGGCCCUCUCCGUCCUCAUCGGCGCCGUCAUUGCCCUCGCCUUCUUUGGCAGCUACUUCCGCAAGCGGAGCUCCGAAGUCCAGUCCAUUUCCCAACCGGAGCUCCUCUCCGAUCAGAAGAAGCAACCGGCCAAGCCCUCCCAGCAUAAGAAGUCUCACGCCAAGCCUCACUCCCACGCCUCCGAUAAGGAUCACAACAAGAAGCAUCAUCCGUUGGAUGUGAAUACAUUGAAAGGUCAUGCCGAUUCGGUUGAUGGACUGUGUUUUUCUCCUGAUGGAAGGAGUUUGGCUACAGCUUGUGCGGAUGGAAUUAUCAGGGUAUUCAAGUUGGACGAUGCUUCGAGUAAAAGUUUCAAAUUUCUGAAAAUAAGUACGCCUGUUGGUGGUCCUCCUGUGGCAGUUUCCUUUUCUGACGAUGCAUCCUCCUUAGUCGUCGCUUCCCAAAAUCUGACUGGCGCUUCUUUGUACAUGUACGGUGGGGUAGAAAAACCCAAAGUUUCUAAUGAAUCCGGUCAGCCAGCCAAGGUUCCUCUCCCAGAAAUCAAGUGGGAACAGCACAAGAUUCAUGAAAAAUUAGGUAUUCUCACCUUAUUUGGGACCAAAGCAAGUUAUGGCACUGCUGAUGGGAGUGCAAUUAUUGCUUCUUGUUCUGAAGGUACUGACAUCAUAAUUUGGCAUGGUAAAACUGGCAAGAACUUGGGGCAUGUUGACACAAAUCAGUUGAAAAACAACAUGGCUGCUAUAUCACCAAAUGGACGGUUCAUUGCUGCAGCAGCUUUUACUGCUGAUGUGAAGGUGUGGGAGAUUGUAUAUUCAAAGGAUGGAUCAGUCAAGGAGGUUACAAAAGCCAUGCAACUUAAAGGACAUAAGAGUGCAGUAACUUGGUUAUGCUUUACUCCAGACUCCGAACAAAUCAUCACAGCAUCAAAAGAUGGUUCAAUAAGAAUUUGGAAUAUCAAUGUUCGAUAUCAUAUGGAUGAGGAUCCAAAAACUCUCAAGGUGUUUCCUAUUCCACUUAGUGGCGGUAGUCCCCACUAUGAUCGGCUUAGUUUAUCUCCUGAUGGAAAAAUCUUGGCGGCAACCCAUGGCUCAACAUUGCAGUGGUUAUGUGUUGAAACUGGAAAGGUAUUGGAGACAGCUGACAAAGCUCAUGACGAUUUUAUCACAUGCAUUGCAUGGGGACCACAGGCUAUUCCAAUGGGUGAUAAGAAACUAUUUAUUUUGGCAACAGCAAGUGUAGAUAAAAAGGUUAAACUUUGGGUUGCUCCAUCCCUCGAUGCAUCAUAAAGGAACCUUGUAGGUGGGUAUCGAGCUAAUGCAGGGCACGGAGAGAUCAAUGUGCGUUAGAUAUGCUGCGCAAAUUCUAUAGGUCCAGGCUAAAUAGUUCUAACACCUUCAUGGAAGCUAUUACACCCAUAGUUGAAAAGGCAGUCCUGAGCGUGGGAAGUUGUUUGCUUUCACAAGAUACUUGAGCUGCUUGAGAGGGUUUCUACAGAUUUUAGGUGUUUUUGGUAAACAGAAAAGUUGAACAUCGGAUUGUACACUAACUGUUUGG